GCGAGUGAGGAAGGGAGAGGGAGGGCGAACCAACGCCAAUAAGGGCCUAUUGGCUGGCUACUGUCCGCACACACAGUGCGAUUAUUUUUUAUUUAUGGCAAGCAAGAAGCUGGCAUUUGUGUUGUAGCUCCAGUCCGUGGCGUCCAAAAUCCCGCUACCCAACCCGGGGUAGGACGGUAGCAUGAUAGCCGUGGAUGGCAAUCGGCAGGAAGAGCGUCCCCGUCUGCUGCAUUCCGACUGCGCCCGCACCCGAAGCCACCGCCGAGUAGGCAAGCGGUGGCGUCCAACAUGGGUAAAGAGGUAAACGGCGUCUCGCGGAGCCGCUUUGAGAUGUUCACGAACAGUGAUGAGGCAGUCAUCAAUAAGAAGCUACCCAAGGAGCUGUUGCUGCGAAUCUUCUCCUUCCUGGAUGUGGUAACGCUGUGUCGCUGUGCCCAGGUCUCACGGUCCUGGAAUGUUCUGGCUCUGGAUGGAAGCAACUGGCAGCGGAUUGACCUCUUUGACUUUCAGCGGGACAUCGAGGGCCGAGUGGUCGAGAACAUCUCAAAGCGAUGCGGAGGGUUCUUGAGGAAGCUGAGCCUGCGGGGAUGCCUCGGCGUGGGCGACAGCGCCCUGAGGACUUUCUCACAGAACUGCAGGAACAUCGAGCUGCUCAGUUUGAAUGGCUGCACCAAGAUCACUGACAGUACAUGUAGCAGCCUGAGCAAGUUCUGCCCAAAGUUGAAGCACCUGGACCUUGCAUCAUGUACCUCAAUCACCAACUUGUCGCUCAAAGCCCUCAGUGAGGGCUGUCCCCUGCUGGAGCAACUCAACAUCUCCUGGUGUGAUCAGGUCACUAAGGACGGCAUCCAGGCCCUAGUCCGAUCCUGUCCGGGGCUCAGGGGGCUUUUCCUGAAAGGCUGCACACAGCUAGAAGAUGAGGCACUGAAGCAUAUUGGCACGAACUGUCCCGAGUUGGUCACGCUCAACUUGCAAACAUGCUCGCAAAUCACAGACGACGGCCUCAUCACCAUUUGUCGAGGCUGUCACCGUCUUCAGUCCCUGUGUGUGUCAGGCUGCGCCAACAUCACGGACGCCAUCUUGCAUGCACUUGGACAGAACUGCCCCCGCCUAAGAAUAUUAGAAGUGGCCCGCUGCUCUCAACUUACAGACGUGGGUUUCACGACAUUAGCAAGGAAUUGUCACGAGCUUGAGAAGAUGGAUUUAGAAGAAUGUGUGCAAAUUACAGAUGGAACUCUCAUACAGCUUUCUAUCUACUGCCCUCGGCUGCAGGUUCUAAGUCUAUCCCACUGCGAGCUCAUCACCGACGACGGCAUCCGCCACCUGGGCAGCGGGCCGUGCGCCCACGACCGACUGGAGGUGAUCGAGCUGGACAACUGCCCGCUAAUCACGGACGCCUCGCUGGAGCACCUGAAGAGCUGCCACAGUCUGGAUCGCAUCGAGCUCUAUGACUGCCAACAGAUCACCCGCGCCGGCAUCAAGAGGCUAAGAGUGAACCCACCUGCCUAACAUUAAAGUACACGCAUACUUUGCCCCCGUGACUCCUCCGCCUUCCGUGGGUGGCAGCCGCCAGAGGUUUUGCCGCUGCUGCGUCCUGCUAUGAUGCAAAAGACAUCGACAUCGGUCUUCCCCCCCCUCCCUCCCACCACCCCUGUGUCCCGGAGUCUCUCCUAUACAAGCUUCCUUCCUAGAUCCCUGCCCUCCCCUGGUCAAGCAGUACAUUCUUGCUGUGUCCCCCUUUUGAAGCUGCAGAGAGACCAAAACAGUGCAGGGUAACACACACGCCACACUCUUAAUUUCGUUUUAUUUCACACAAAUGUCAAUGGCAGCACGGCGCAAUAGUGUUUCACAGGUUUGCCUCACACUUCUGAGGUACGGGGUUUGAAUCUCAUCUCCGGCCUUCCUGUGUGGAGUUUGCAUGUUCUCCCUGUGCUUGCGAGGUUUUUUUUCAGGUACUACACGUUCCUCCCACAUUCCAAAAACAUGCAUGUUGGGUUCAUUGAAGACUCUAAAUUGCCCAUGGUUGUGAAUUUGAGUGUGAAUACUUGUGUGUAUACAUCAGACUUUGAGAACUAAAGUGGGCUAACUCCAUUUAUGUCUAGCUAAGUGCAUAAAUGAAUUGAGAAAAGGCAUGUCAUUCAGAUGAAUACUGAUCUAAAUCAAGGUUUAGUUCCAAUUUUGACCAAUAGGGUGAAGUCCAUUAUUAUAGUCAUCACUUCUCCUGAUUCAUCAGCGCAACAGCUGGGCCAGCUUCCAUUUUCGGGCCCAUGAAACCAGAUUUCACCUUUUGCAAAACCAUCCCAGAAAGAAAGUGAGGUUCAGAGAUUGAAAGAAGAGUCAAAAAGUAGGUAGUGCUCUUAGCUCAUGUUAGUAUAAGGUUCAUUGUUCAGGAACUAGUUAUAGAUUUGACAGAUAUUCGGAAUGAACAAAACUUUGAGGUAAACCACUAUUUCUGUAAAACUAACUACUGUAUCGAGAAGUAGUAAUCACGGUUAGGGGCGCUGGAGCCUAACCCUGCCGACAUCGGGCGAAAGGCAGACUACACCCUGAACUGGUCGCCAGGCAGUCGCAGGGCACGUAUAGACACGGACAACCAUUCACACUCACAUUCACACCGUCACGGAGUGGGAACUGAACCCACGCUGCCCGCACCAAAGUCAGGUGAGUGUACCACUACACCAUCAGUGACUCGAAGUAGUAAUCAUUUUCAUAUAAAUGACAAAGAUAACAAUCCCCCAGAUUUUUCAACCAACCAUGGAACUUUAAAUCACUCCUCUGCAAAAGGACAAAACUGGAGUUGGCCCACUCUAAUUCUCAGUGGGUUAAAGUGUGCACUGGGAUUGGCAAACAACUAGUCCAGCGUGUACCCCGCCUCUCGCCCCAAAGACAGCUGGGAUAGGCUCCAGAAGUUAAGUGGUAUAGAAAUGGCAGAAUGGAUUAAUGUUAUGACUAGUGUAAAAUGAAUGGAGAAAACGGUAACAACAACCCCAUUGGCCUCACAAUACCUCUGAUUUUCUCUCAACAUCCAAUCGUAUUAAUUGCCAUCAGAAUGUACAUUUAUGAUUGGACCACUCAAUAUGGCCCCUGGAUGAGCUUUCAAAAUGAAACACCCACACUGGGGUCAAAGUAGGCUUUGCUUGAAUGUAUACAAUGAAAAAAAGCAAUGCAAAGGACAUUUAAAAACAAUCUUGAUGGGGAGAAAACAGCUUUUUAUCUCACGUCCUGUACUGUUGGAAAAGGUCCAGAGUCAGCGCCUAGUCCCCCAUCCCCCUCUCCCCUCAAAAGAAGUGACACAACCGGAGAACUGCAGCAAAAAAUGUAUUUAAAAAAAACAAAAAACAAAAAAAACACAGCAAGCUGUCUGCUUUUUGCACCUUAUCGAAACAACAUCCAGACUGUUUACAAAGAAGAACAUUUCAAAACAUAUUAGGUUUGUACUAACAAUGUGCCCCACUCGCUGGACACACACACACACCAAGGUUGGUACCCCUCCCCUGUCUCUCUUGUCUCUAUGUGCUUCAUUGGCGAGGGGCGGGAAGAAAAGACAAACUAUUUUUCUAAAAUGAAAAGCGGCACACAUUUGGGGACUGCAGAAGAUGCCAAAUGUUGCAUGUGACACCUAUUUUUCGUUCUUUAAAAAAACAAAAAAAAACGCAAAUGUACAUAAGUGAGGACUGUGGGAGUCUUGGGUUGAUGGACGAACCAAUUGGAAGAAAAAGAAGAUGACAACAGGAAGAAAAAAAAAAGAUGAUUACUUGUAGAUCAACAGGAAGAAAAAGCCAACCAUGUUCUGCUUUGAUUUCAUCGACUUGUGUGAAAGAGUAGUAGGGCCACACUGAAAAGAUGAACAUAUUUUCCAUAGCAUAGUUUACGUUUUAGUCAUGUUACAAAAAUAAAUUUGUAAUAUUGCUAGAAUAUUAUUUUUAUGAGUGAGUGUCACAAUUCCUAAAUGCUUCAUGAGCCACUUCCGCUCUCUACAAACCUGUCAUAAAUUCAUAUUUGUUAAAAUUUCUUUAAAGGGACCAAAAAAAAGUGUCAAUUUGAGUCUCUUACAAUUAUUCUCUAAAAUUGAUAUCAUUUUUGCUUGUAAUAUUACUUUAUUUUCAUAAAUUGCAGCUUUUUACUCAUAAAAUUAGGACUUUAUUUUCAUAAAUUAAAAAUGUAUUUUCAUAUUACUACUUUAUUCAGUGUAACAUUUUAACUUCAUUCAGAAACAUUUCUGGUAAUAUGAUUUUUUUAUUUGACAUUUUAAAUAUUUUAAAUUUGGAAUAUGUCAACUGUCAUCCAACAUUACAACUUUUUCUUGUGAUAAUGACGUUUCCCAUUUCAAUCUUUUUGAUGUUCCACCUUUAUUCUUGUGAAUACUCAUCAUGCUUUUAUUUACAUUAAAUUAGGGCAGGUUUUUUUCUCCCAAAAAUAACAAACUAUUCCUGUAAAAUGUUUUUGUUUUUUUUCCAAAUUUUGUAAUAUUCUGGCAAUUCUCAUAAUUUUAUUACCUUUUACGGAAUACUAGGUUUUGUUUUCCCAAAUGUUUUGAUAUUCUGCCAAUUCUCAUAAUCGUAUUACAUUUUCCCGUAAUAUUGACAGUUUUAUUCACGUUAAAUUGGUGCAUUUUUCUACUCAUUGCAACUUUAUUCUCGUAAAAUUAUACCUUUUUUAUUUGUAAUCAUCAGCAUUUUUGUCGUAAUACUCUUGACAUCUAAUAUUACGACCUUAUUUUCAUACAUUACAACUCCUGUGAUUUACAACUUAAGUCUAAUUCAAUUACAUCCCAUCUUAAUAUACCAGCAUUAUUCAGAAAAACUAAAAUUUUACUUCCCCUUACGUUGAAACUUUAUCGUUGUAAAAAUGACCAUUUUGAUUUUGUGAAAUAAUGAGGAUUUUUGGGGUAAUAUUUUGACUUUACCCUCAUUCCCCGCCCCCCCAUCAAGUGUGGCCCUAAUACUCCUUCGUUGACUCCUGGGGGCCAGAAGGGGUUGUGAUUGUGAAUGACCCAUGAAGUAUUGAAACCUCCCACUACCUGCUUUUUUCUUUGACCCAUCCCACCCCCCCCCCCCCCCAUCUAGGUGUCACUUCAUUCUGUAUUCAACUCCCCUUUCUUUGCCUUUUUAAUUUCUUUUGGCGUGGCUCCGAUUGCACCUGCCUCGUUCUGCAUUCAGUGUCUCCUCUAAGAUUUUGUGUUUCUGUCGUCACAAAUGUCCAGGCUAGGUGCAAUUGUAAGUAGGAUUUAUUUUCAUUUUUUUCUUUCUCCCUGUCUCUCUCCCCCUGAUAUUACUUCUCGAAUGUCCCUGAGUGAGACAUCUCUUCAGGCAUGACCUGCCACUUGAGAAAGAUUUUAAUUCAUUUGUAUACGUUGCCCUCCUUUCUCCUAUUAUCCUGCACUAAAUUACUCAAACGAGACUGAAACGUGGAAUGUUAAAGCAUCCUAAAUGUGCCCAAGAUGGAUUGGAGGCGAAAAAACCUUGAGUCAAGAUUAUAAUAAUUUUUGUGGGAUAAUGCGAGAUGGAAUGAGCCCUGUGUAAUCCCGCUUGAGCCGUUUUGUUUGAGCGGGGUUUUACAUGUGGGAUUAGGGAACGUGUCAAAAUGGCAGCCGUGUACUCCGGAGGAAGGAACGCAUAAAGGAGCUUGCUGGCCCAUGUGUCAAUACUGGAGGAAAGCGUUAAGAAGCUGACUGACCCAUGUUUCAAUGCUAACUCUGAAAAACUGGAAGUAGUCCGGUGGCCCUUGUGUCAGCGCUAACUGAAUAUACCAGAAGGAAUGUGUGACGGAGUCCGCUGGCCCAUGUGUCAACGCUAAUGCUGAAAACCACAAAGGAGUUUUCUGGCCUAUUUGUCAAGGCUAAAUCUAAAUAUGCCAGUAGGAAAAUGCAGAAGGGACCUUGUGUCAACUUGCUGGUCAAUGUGUCAAUGCUAACUCUGAAUAUAUUGGUAGAAAAGCACGAAGGGGUUUGCCGGCCCAUGUGUCACUGUUAACUCUGCUAGUCUGUUGGCCCAUGCGUCAACGUGCACUUUUUACCGGUAGGACAAGUAUAAAGGAAUCUAAUGGGCCCGGUGUUGCUAACGCUGAAAUGCGCGAAGGAGUGUUCUCGCCCAUUUUUUACGGUUAUUUCUGAAUUUACCAGUAGUAAAGCAUGAAUGAGUCCGCUGACCCAUGUGUCAACAUGGGUGAAAAGCGUAGCGCAAUUCGCCAGACCAUAUGUCAACGCUAGCUCUGAAUAUACUGAUCGGAAAGUGCCGAGGAGCCCGUUGGACCAAUGCGUGUCAACGCUAACAUUAAUAUACAGGUUGAAUAACAUGGAGGAGUCUGCUGGCCCAUGUGUCAACGCUAACGAUUAGUCCAUUGGCCCAUGUGUCAACGCUCACUUUGAAUUUACCGGUAGGAAAGCAUUAAGGAGUCGGCGUGUGUCAACAUCACCAGAAAGCAAAACUCCCUGUUCCCCUUACAUUUAAGAACACAAAAGCACUGGAGAUAGAACCCAAGAGGUGAACGCACCCACCCGGUUGCACCCCCAAACAGAACGUUCAUUGACAUAUGGGCGAUAUUUAAAAUUGACAAUGACUGUAGUUCAUACAAUUACUGUAAAUCUUUUCCUUUAUUUCUUUUUUUUUUUGUACAAUUAACCGAUAUAAAUGAAUAUGUACGUAUGAAUAAAUAUAUACCUAUAUUAUUAA